GUUGGGAACAUAAAACACCCGAACCUCUAACACAAACCAGCCUCCGCGGUCGGCCCAUUUAUAAAAAUAAAACACACGAACCAAAGAAAGAAGUGAAUGACACGCACCAAUACUAUUAAGAUGAAGUGUUGUCGUCAUCCACUCACAUCCAUUCAUAAAAACGCGUAAUCUACACGCGCCAUAGACUUGAAUGAGAUGUACCAGCUUUCAGAUGAUUGGUCCACGUCAUGCUCACUCAGUGAAAUCGAGCUUCAAAAUCACAGGUCAGUUUUAUCAUUACGUUAAUUCCCCAAUUUGAAAAUCACGGUAUUCCUUCACCGAAUUCCCUUGGAUUCCGCUUCAAGUUGUUCUUCAAAAAUUAAUCGAGAAGAGAGGGUGGGAAGAAAGGAGAAAGAAAAGUAUUGUUGAAGAAAGUCAAAAUCAAUCCACGAAGGUCAUAGAGAAAGAGAGAAAGAGUGAUCUCGUUGGUUCAAUAGAUCUCUUUCUCUCUUUGUUUUUCGUUUGAGAUUUCUAUUUCUUCCUCUUAUUUGAAUCGUUAUGGGUAUAUGGGAAGUUUUUCUGAAUUGGCUGCGAAGCCUAUUUUUCAAGCAAGAAAUGGAGCUUUCUCUAAUUGGGCUCCAAAACGCUGGAAAAACUUCACUCGUUAAUGUUGUUGCAACUGGUGGAUACAGCGAGGACAUGAUCCCUACAGUGGGAUUUAAUAUGAGAAAAGUAACAAAAGGAAAUGUGACAAUAAAGCUGUGGGAUCUUGGAGGUCAACCUAGAUUUCGCAGUAUGUGGGAGAGAUAUUGUCGAGCAGUUUCUGCCAUUGUUUAUGUUGUUGAUGCUGCAGAUCAUGAUAAUUUAAGCAUCUCAAAGGGUGAACUCCAUGAUCUUUUGAGUAAACCUGCUUUGAGUGGCAUUCCUUUGCUUGUUUUGGGCAACAAAAUUGACAAGCCUAGUGCUCUUUCUAAACAAGCUUUGACUGAUCAAAUGGAUUUGAAAGGUAUAGGUGAUAGAGAAGUAUGUUGCUUUAUGAUCUCAUGCAAGAACUCAACAAACAUUGAUCAAGUCAUUGAUUGGCUUGUGAAGCAUUCCAAAUCAAAAACUUAAACUCAAUUAGAAAGAUUUUGAGGAACACCAUUUUUUUUGUGCUUGUUUUUUGGGUUUGAAUUUUCCAAACUUUAUGUGGAAUAGAGGAAUAUUUGAGUGAAUUAUGUCAUGCUUUUGUUAGAGGUGUGUUUGUAUUCUAUAAUUUUUUAGUUUUUUCUAUUGAUUUUAAGAAAGUUUCCGUUUAUCAAUACACGUUUAUAUUCUAAACGCCUAAUCCUCUGUGUAUGUAUCGGGCCUUUGAUAUAGAUGUUAUUUAUUGUGUGGUUUAUAGCUCAAAUCAUUGGUGAAAUUUUUGAUAAAUAACAUUUUCAACUUGCUUAAGUUUUUAUUUUAUGCGAUUAGUAUUAGUGUG